ACUAUCAAAAUUGCUACUCUACCGUCGUUGGUGACUAACAGCAGCAACGCCUCUGGCAGCGUUUGCAGCAAUAAUGCCAAGGCUUCAUCAUCGUCCAAUUGUUUAGUUCCUGUUACACGUGCUUUGGAGUCGAAACUCCAAAUCUCUGCAAAUCCUUGUGACGAACUUGUAUUGCGUACAAAUUCCAAUAAUAUGUCCGGUGAUCAGAAGACAUUAAUUAAGGGCCAUAGUUCCCAGUAUGUGAAGUUAAAUGUGGGUGGCCGUUUGUAUUAUACGACAAUUGGAACAUUGACAAAACACAAUGACACAAUGCUGAGUGCAAUGUUUAGUGGUCGCAUGGAAGUGCUAACAGAUUCGGAGGGUUGGAUAUUAAUUGAUCGUUGUGGCAAAUUCUUUGGCACAAUUCUCAAUUACUUGCGAGAUGGUUCUGUGCCAUUACCCGAAUCUCAUCGUGAAAUAGCCGAGCUCUUGGCAGAGGCAAAAUAUUAUUGUAUCACGGAAUUGGCUAUGUCAUGUGAACGAGCUCUGGUUGCCCAUCAGGAGCCCAAACCUAUAUGUCGUAUCCCCCUAAUAACCUCUCAGAAGGAAGAACAGAUGUUAAUUAGUUCAUCAUCAAAACCAGCUGUGAUUUUGGUGGUACAACGGCAAAAUAAUAAAUAUUCGUACACGAGUAAUUCCGAUGAUAAUUUACUGAAGAACAUAGAACUAUUCGAUAAGCUGUCGUUACGUUUCAAUGAACGCAUACUCUUCAUUAAGGAUGUCAUUGGACCAAGUGAAAUAUGUUGUUGGUCAUUUUAUGGACAUGGCAAGAAGGUGGCUGAAGUUUGUUGCACCUCCAUUGUUUAUGCCACAGAUAGGAAACAUACAAAGGUCGAAUUCCCCGAAGCGAGAAUCUAUGAAGAAACUUUACAGGUUUUACUUUACGAGAAUCGUAAUGCACCCGAUCAAGAACUGUUGCAAGCUACCUCUUCAGUACGUAAUCCAUCGGGUGGUGGUUCAUCGUCGGGUGCCUCGGGAGCGGGUUCCAGCGGCAUGCAUCAAUACACCAGCGAUGAGGAAGAAGAACGUACGGGCCUAGCUCGUUUGCGUUCGAAUAAACGUAAUAAUCCCACAUGAUUUGUAACCCAUUAUGUGGUGCGACCGCGUCCCAUUCUUCCCUAACUAUGGCGGACAAGUGGUAGUGAUAGUGCAUAAUGCUUGACCACUUGCAAAUA